AUGGAUUCAUCUAAGAAUAAUGAACCUUCACCUUACGAAAUUUUAUGGCAGGAUCCUGUCUUUCCUGCCCAUCAACUAAACGCAUCAAAUGUUCUUCAAUAUUUCUCUAACCUGUCUAACCCCUUUUAUGAUCGUGAAUCCAAUAAUGAAGUUGUUCGUAUGCAAGGUCUUGGUCUUGAUCGUUUAGCUUCUCUGUUCGGAAUUGAAUACUGUUUAUGUUAUUAUCAGGAGCCUUCUUUGUUUGUUAUUCGUAAACAGGAUCGCAUAUCUCCAUCCGAAGUCAUGCCCCUGGCAUACUACUACGUAAUCAACGGAGUUGUACGUCAAUGUCCAGAUCUCGGUACCUUGAUUAACUCUCGUAUUCACUCAAUCACUGCAAAUUUGAAUAAAAUCAUUCAAGAAUUAGCACCUUGUGCCCGAUUUCAUCCUUCAGAUGGUUCGUACUCGUGGCAAAACCCUGAAGUUGAAACAACUGAGACAUUAAAAGUAGUAAAAAAGAAGCCGGCCGAUUUUAUUGCAACAAAUCCUUAUCAGGUUAAUCGAACGGAUUUCCUUCUCAAUGAAUGGGCCAGUAGAUUCCCUCCAAUGCAACUCCAGACUAUGCCAUCUUCCCAGACUCCCUCUGCCCCUACAGACGCUCCCCCGGAUAAGCGUCCGAGACUAAUGUAG